AUGGCGAACCAUGUUGUUUCCAGAGCUUUAGACCCCAAAGCUUCUCCAUACCAUAAGAUCUCGGUCUCCGAUCAUCUUUAUGUUGUCGACAUCCCACAAUCUUAUCCAUGUUAUCAGCUGAUCACUCCUCCUCCUCCUCCGUUGCAGUUCGAGAUUCUGCAACCCUUUAUUGCCAUUUCACCUUACGUCUACGAUGUUCAUCUCCAACCAUCGCCACGUAAGUCAGUACCACCACCGUCGCCGGUUUCGGGGAAGAAAAAGAGUAUCGUUCUAACCCCAGUUCCGUCGGGUCCUCGGAUCCCCAAAGCUCGGGUCCCUCGUCACUUCCGCCGAGUUAACAAGGUGGUGCGUGUGGAGAACUGCCGUGGAGCUCGUCAAGAACAGAAAUGGCGGCCAAAGACUUGUGUAGGAGACAAAGAAACAGGAAAUGAUGUCAAGAAACAAGUAGGGUGUUUUGAAGGAAGAAGACGAUGGAAGAACAGAAGUGGAGAGUAUCAACAAGUUUUACCACUUGAAGCAAAAUCAACUUCUGUGAUGAUUAAAAACAUUCCAAAUAAAUACACGAGAAAGCUGUUGAUCCAAACAUUGGAUAAUCAUUGCAAGGUUGAGAACGAGAAGAUCAAGAAUGAUGAGACAAAGAACCUUGUUUCUGCUUAUGAUUUUCUUUAUCUACCCAUUGAUUUCAAUCAUCGGGUGAACGCUGGUUUCGCAUUUGUCAACUUCACCAAUCCAAAUGCUGCAGUGAGAUUUCGAGAUGCUUUUCAUGGCAAAAGUUGGAACUUGUUUGACAGUCCAAAGAUCGCUGAGAUUUCAGGAGCCAGAAUUCAGGGCAGAGAAGCUCUAGUGAACAACUGCAAGAUAAUGGAUUUCACUUACGGGUCUGAAGAAGACAUGCCAGUCUGUUUUGAUCCGGCAAGGGAUGGGUCGGGUCGGGUUCAUUCCAAGAUGUAUACAGUGGGAAAGUUUGUUCAAUGGGGUAAGAUAAAAUCUGGGAAGUAG